CGGAUCCUUAUACUGCCUCUGGGAUCAAACAACCAUAACGACGGAAGGCAGUGCUCUUGCUCACAGAUAUAUAUGUAGAGAGAGAAAGAGGAACCUUACUGAAACAGUGAAGAGAGAGAGGGGGUAAGGAAGAGAAACAUCACUAAAACAGUCGAGAGAGAGAGUGAGGGGGGAAGAGAGAGAAACCUCACUGAAACAGUGGGGGGAGAGAGAGAAACCUCACUGAGACAGUGAAGAGAGGGAGAGAGCAAAGAUGAAGGUGAUUCCGCUGAUUCUCAUGGGUUGUGGUGGCGUUGGCCUGCAACUCAUAGACCACAUCAUCACCUGCCGGGAAUUGCACGCUAUAAAGGGGGUGAUGCUGAGAUUCAUUGGGGUUUGUGAUAGCCGUUCUCUGGUUCUAGUGAAUGAUCUUUCAAAGGGGGAAUUGAGAGAAGAUGCUUUAGAAGAGAUUCGACGAGUAAAGUCUUCUGGAUCUUAUCUAUCCACGUUAAAUUAUGAUGGAUGCCAUGUAAUUGAGUAUCCAGCAGUAGACAAGAAGCUCAUUGAAGUUGGAGGCCUUCUUGCAAGUUCAACUGGCUUGGUUUAUAUUGAUUGCUCUGCAAGUGCUGACACCAUUAUAAUACUGAAAAGCGUUAUUGAAAUAGGGUGCUUUGCUGUCCUGGCAAACAAGAAGCCACUCACAUCUGAUAUUGAUAUUUAUGAUAAAUUGGUCUCAUGCCCUCGUCACAUUAGAUACGAGUCAACAGUAGGAGCUGGCCUUCCAGUGAUCACGUCUUUAAACCGUCUACUUACAUCAGGCGACCCUGUCCACCGCAUUAUUGGGAGUGUGAGUGGUACACUUGGCUAUGUAAUGAGUGAACUAGAAGAUGGAAAACCAUUCAGCGAAGUUGUUCGAGCGGCUAAACAACUUGGGUUUACAGAACCAGAUCCACGCGAUGACCUUAGCGGAAUGGAUGUAGCUAGGAAGGCUUUGAUCCUAUUUCGGCUGCUUGGCGGGCGUACUAACAUAGGAAAUAUCAAGGUGGAAAGCUUGUACUCAGAUCUGAUGGGACCUGAAAAAAUGUCAACACAAGAUUUUCUCGAUAAUGGCCUUGAAAUGCUCGAUGAUGAACUAAAAAAGAAAGUCAAUGUGGCUUCUUCAACGGGGAACGUUCUCCGAUAUGUCUGUGUGAUCGAGGGCUCAAGUUGUCAAGUUGGGCUUUUGGAGGUUCCUCAAAAUUCACCCUUGGGGAGAUUGAAAGGGAGUGACAAUUUGAUUGAGAUAUACAGUAGGUGUUACAGAGAAUUGCCAUUAGUGAUACAAGGUGCUGGGGCUGGCAAUGACACCACAGCAGCUGGGGUCCUGGCUGAUAUUGUUGACCUUCAAGACCUUUUCCAUUGAAAUCAACUUGUCGGGUGCUUUUGGAGGUUGGAGAGUUGGAGUCCGUGUUAUUAUGGAACAUGAAGAGUUGGAGACUAUUAGACUUUUAACUUUUUUUUAAAUUUUUUUGUGAUUUGAAUUUUGAAGUUUUGAACGGGUGCAUUCUUAACAUGUGAUAUGCUUUCAUUGGAAAAAAAUUGUAUUAUGCAUAUAUGUGUGUUUAGACAACACAUAUGAUGUAUAUAUCUAAAGAAUUUGAACUGCAGGGUGUCUGAGGUUUUGGGCGCUAGACUAGGCGAUGGGUGCUAGGCCGGCUGCCUAGCAUUUGGAAACCUUGUUAGGACCUGAGAUACAUCUCAAAUCACGUUAAAUCCAUUUCGGUCUUGAAUAUAUAAGCAUGGUGCUCUAGAAA